AUGAAGUCCAUUGACGGACUGUAUGCCGUCUGUUUGUCUUCCAUUCCUGUGGAGAUAGAAGUUCUCAUCAGAAGCGCGAGGUAUGGUGAGGUGAGUUCGAGAGUAUAUUCGCAGUUAUGUCAAGCAGCAAGCCAGUACGGGCUUACACAGGGUCUGUUGGACGCGUUUGCGAAUUUGAAGGAAUACCUCAAGUCGUCAAUCUCCUGGUUAGGGAUGGACUGCGAAAUGGCUUUGGCGAUAGGCAACGUUGCGGACUGUUUGGAUCUGGAUAUUUCGCAGACGUACAGCUUGAUAGUGUCUCUGUUUGGAUGCGAAGCAAGUGACAAAAGAGCGUUAGCGCUAGGUCGUGUAUGCGGCUUGUUGUGCAAGCGGCAGGAAGAUGUUCGUGCUUCUUAUUGCGAAUUUUUGAAGGAGAUUAUAGUUGCCAUGGCCACUGGCACCCGGGUCGAGAACAUCGAAGGCUUAGUAGCCGGGGUCGAAUUCCUUAACCUGUACUUUUAUCGAUACAGACUGAAACCUUCGUGGAACCUCGAGGCUGAUCUUUCGACGCUGUCCUUGUUGAUGGAAACAAUCAAAUUCUCCUUCGACAGCUCGAUUGUAAUGUCGGCGGAUGAGGCACUUAAUUUGGUCAACUCUUUGUAUGCUAUUGGAGACUCGUCGUUUUACGAUCGCUGUGACAUACUAAUCGCUAGUUGCAUGAUUUGCCGUUUGACCCUUGUUGGACAGAGUCGUGCGAAGCAGUUGGCUCGCGUGCAGAUGACCUGCAGGGCUAUGGGGUCCCUUUUGGAUGAAUGGUUGUUCCCAGUGUCUUUGUAUUCCGAAAGUGGUACUGAACCAGGCCCUGAAGGUGGUAUGGGUAUUGUGCACAGUCUGGAGAACUUGACGGCCCUCUCGUUGGUUCUGGUGACCAUCUGGGAUGAUUGUAGCGCCGUCCCCGUUGACCCUUUGUCGCAGUUUACGCGACGACUCAAGUCCACUUACGGCCCCGGAUCUGACCUGGAUGCGUUGCUGGACAUUUGGACUCUAGGCGCGGAUCGGGCGCUGGAGCAUGAGGAGGAGCAGGCCGAGGAGCGGCUGGAAAAUCAGGUGAAGCAACGCGCCCAGCGAGACUUGUUCGAACCGAACUUCACGGACGAGGAAACGGACCGAGUAAAAAUUAUCCAAGACAUGUUGGUGGAGAAGCGAGGCAACUUGCAGAAAGUGCCACGGAAGGGCUACUUGUUGGCAUGCUAUCGUUAUGCUCUGUGCCAGUCGGAAUCCUGGCAGGUUGCAAUUGAGUCCGUGGCUCGUGACCCGGAAUCGUUCUGCAAAAAAAUGCCCAGAAUUUUCAGGAACCUCUCCUUUGCAACCACCCCAAAUAAGCUUCUGACACUUCUUACUGAAUACGCCAAGACACAAACGGCGGCCAAAAGGGCCCCGGAGCCCUACAAGAUCAAUGCACAGGGGUGGGACGCUAAAAACAAAACUAUUCGCAUGGCCCGUGAACAGGCGAAUAUGGGCGAACUUGAAGAGGCAGGUGUACAUGCCUGGGGAACCCAAGAUGAGCUGGAAACCUUUGAACGGAAGCGAGAGGAAGCUGAAAAAGAGCAGCUGGCAAUUGAGGAAGCGCGCAGGGCAAAUGAGGAAUGGCGAGCAGGGAAGGCCCAAAACGCCAGACAAAAGUUUAAGAAGACCGACGUGCUUCCCCCCAGUGCUGGCGUCCCUUCCCCUAACCCCGACAGAACGCCCGCAACCAACAGCGAAAGUGCCAGACAGAAUGAUCAAGAAGAUCUGCCGCAGGAGCCCAGAAUGUGGGGACCGGACAAAAGGAAAGGUGGCUACAUACCGAAGCCGCAGACCAACCCGAAAAAGACUAAGCCCGUCGACAAGCAUCACGCCAGAGAUAAGCGAGCAAAGAAGCUUAACCAAUAA